UACUUUUAUUCACGCUCGAAGAUAAUCCGAAAUCAAUUGAUAUAAAAUUUACACCGUUCUUAACGUCUUACGAAAAUAAAUGAUGGCGCUGUGUUUUUAUUUUUUGGUGUUCCAAGAUGUAAAUCGGUGAAUUUGUGUUGAACAUCCGUGGUAUGAUAACCUCCAGAUCUACGUAACUAGUCAUAUGGUUCCGAUGGCCUCGGCAACAGUGACUCCAGCCGAAGAUGAUGAGCUGACGUUACCUCGAGCGUCGAUAAAUAAAAUGAUAAAGGAAAUUCUACCCCAUAUACGAGUAGCAAACGAGUCGAGAGAGUUAAUAUUGAACUGCUGUACGGAGUUCAUACAUUUAUUAUCCUCUGAAGCAAACGAUAUCUGCAACCAACAGCAGAAGAAAACAAUUAAUGCUGAGCACAUAUUACAAGCACUGGAAAAGUUGGGGUUUGGAGAUUACAGCGCCGAAGCUGAAGCUGUAUUGCGAGAUUGUAAGGCUGUGGCAGCGAAGCGAAGACGCCAAAGUACGCGGCUUGAAAAUCUUGGAAUUCCAGAAGAGGAACUUCUUCGACAACAGCAGGAACUUUUCGCAAAAGCACGCGAGGAACAAGCCGUUGCCGAACAACAGCAGUGGCAACAAUUGCAGGCCGUUGCCCAAAUGGCUUCUAUGCAACAGCCGGAUAGUGAGCAGGAAGAUUACUCCUAAAUUAUUACCAUUAAAAUAGACAAUGCAAGUCUAAUGAGUAAAUUGAUUGGUUCCUCUACUUAUGAAUCGGUUUUUCGAAUAAAAGUGAACAGCAUAAAUGAGAAAUUCACUUCUUAUUGUCUUAACGAUUUAGCUUUGAAAGUUUUCCUGUGUGAAUUACGUAAAAAAAAGAGAAGAAAUGAAGAAGGAAACAAUGUUGAGUUUCCUAGAAUACGUUCUCACCAUUAUUUAUGAAUAAAUGUGAAUGAUGUGAUAGAAUCAAGAAGUGAACCUAAUUAUACCUAA